AUGGAGACCCAGACUGUGCAGCGGGAGCUGGCUUUGGCAUGGCGCUGCAUCGACCAUGCAGGAGCUGCCAUCCUGGCUAUUGAGCUGCUUGCUCACCCAAUAACCAUCUAUGACCAGGAGAACUUCCAGGGCAAGAGGAUGGAGUUCACCAGUUCCUGCCCAAAUGUCUCUGAGCGUAGUUUUGAUAAUGUCCGGUCCCUCAAGGUGGAGUGUGGGGCCUGGAUUGGCUAUGAGCACACCAGCUUCUGUGGGCAACAGUUUAUCCUGGAGAGAGGAGAAUACCCUCGAUGGGAUGCCUGGAGCGGGAGCAAUGCCUACCAUAUUGAACGUCUCAUGUCCUUCCGCCCCAUCUGCUCUGCUAAUCAUAAAGAGUCUAAAAUCACCAUCUUUGAGAAAGAGAACUUUAUUGGACGCCAGUGGGAGAUCUGUGAUGACUACCCUUCCUUGCAAGCUAUGGGCUGGUUCAACAAUGAAGUUGGUUCCAUGAAGAUACAAUGCGGGGCUUGGGUUUGCUACCAGUACCCUGGAUACCGUGGUUAUCAGUACAUCUUGGAAUGUGACCAUCACGGAGGAGACUACAAACACUGGAGAGAGUGGGGAUCUCAUGCCCAGACUUCCCAGAUUCAAUCAAUUCGCCGAAUCCAACAAUAG